ACAGAUUAUGGUACAGACGAGCUAUAUAUUAUACAUAUGUACAUAUUAAUUAUGUUACACAUUAUAGACUUCCCUUACCACUUUAAUGUCAUUCCCAACAUUACCGAUGUAAUAUAUAACUAAUGUAAUCAACCAUUGAUAACAUAUAUUUUAUAAGCUUGCAUUCAUAUCAUGACGACAGAUGGCACUUUAAUAAUUUCGAACACCAUUUCUGGCAGCAAGAAAAUAAUUUCGGCAAGUAGUUUUUAUUGCUUAAACGUAUAUUCGUCGUUUUUAAGAUUUAUAUUACAAGCUUUUUUCAAAAAAGCAUAGAUUUUCUAUAUAAAAAAAGUAGAUAAAAAUCAUGUUUCUGUAACAUGUCAAUUUUAAAUCGUAUUUUGCAUUUAAGGUGCCUAACCCCUUUUUUACCUAUUUCAACAAUUCAUCGACAAUUUUUAAAAAAUUACUCACAACUAGUGACACGAUUAAACAUGAAUGAAGCUAUUUUACUUCACGAAGAGGGAAGUAAGGACUUCAAGAUGUCGUUUCGUUACAUCAAUCCCGAGUUAAAGGUCGAUAGACAAUUCAAUUUUCAAAGACAUGUGGACGAAUCCAUAAAUAAUUUUGUUCAAAGAAUACAUAGGAAUGUUAGUGUAUAUUUAAAGGAAAAAAUUCACCGAAAACUGAAAAAGCAUAACAAGUGUGUAACACCCAUAGAAAGUUUAAAAAGUGACGUUGAAGAUAAUGUAAAAUUUUUAAGAAAUGACUCUGUCCUUAACGGUGAUCUCACAUGUCAAACAAUCUUGAACAAUUCAUCGGACAUAAAAUUAGUCAUUUUUGAUGAGGAAUAUAUAUUAAAGCAAAAUGUACCUUCCAUUACUAAAAUAGAACUACCAUCGAACAUUUUAAUUGAUUUUCCAGUUUAUCCUUCUAAAUUCGAAGGAACAAAUAUAGACAAAUCGAAAUCAAUUUUUAACUGGUAUAAAAAUGAAAAGAAUAAGUGGAUACAUGUAGGAGAAGGAUUUUUAUAUGUUCCAAAUUCUUCUGAUUUAGGAUGUAAAUUGAAAAUAUCAUGUAUUCCAAAGAAUAAUGUAGAAUCUGGACCUUUAACAGAGAUUGUAUCAAAUAAUAUUAUAGAAAUUGGACCUGGCUUGUGUCUUUUUAAUACCAGACAUGCUUUUACUAAAGAUAAAUUGUCAGGUAAAAGUUUCAGAAUAACUUCGUACAAUAUAUUAGCAAAUGUAUAUUCAGAAACUUCUGUCUCUAAGGAAACUUUAUAUCCAUAUUGCCCACAUUAUGCUUUAUCUAUGGAUUAUAGAAAAUUACUAAUUCUCAAAGAGUUAAUAGGAUACAAUAGUGACAUAAUAUGUCUUCAAGAAGUAGAUAGUUCAGUAUAUGAAAAUGAUUUGAAAAUGUCUUUAAGUAUACUAAACUAUGGUAGUAUAUAUAAUUUAAAGAACGAUUUACGAGAAGGUCUCGCAAUAUUUUAUAAUCAGGACAGGUUUGAUCAAUUGUCCUGUGAUUACAAGGUUAUUUCUCAAGGCACAGAUUUAGAUGAAUUUAAUACUGUUUGGACGCAAAUUCAGAACAGCCGCGUAAAGCAAACAUUCUUAAACAGAAAUACGAUUAUUCAGACAGUAACACUUCGAUCUAAAGAAAAUCCUGAAAUUUUAAUUGUUGGCAAUACACAUUUAUAUUUCCGUGCAACAGCCGAUCAUAUACGUUUGUUACAAGCAUAUUAUGGUUUAUCAUAUUUACGCACAUUUGCCAAAAAAGUGAAAGAGGAGAAUCCCGAAUGCAACGUUAGUAUUUUAUACUGUGGUGAUUUCAACAGUGUCCCAGAAAGUGGAGUUUAUCAAUUAAUAACUCAAAAUUACAUACCAGAACAUCAUGCUGAUUGGAAAUCGGAUGCUGAAGAAAAUGUACAAAAUGUGUCUAUUAAACAUGACAUGAACUUGUCCAGUGCAUGUGGUACUCCAGAAUACACAAAUUACACAGCUACCUUUUCUGGUUGUUUGGAUUAUAUAUUUUAUCAAACGGAUUAUUUAACAGUUGAACAAGUUAUACCAUUGCCAAGUAAAGAAGAACUUAGUGUGUAUACGGGUCUUCCAUCUAUAGUGUCACCAAGUGAUCAUAUUUCAUUGUGUGUUGAUUUGAAAUGGUCAAAAUAAAAAUAUAUACAUAGCACUUGA